AUGGAUACUGAAAGAAGCGAAUAUUAUUGCAACGCUUGCGACGAAAUAAUCGUAACCGGAAGUGAUUCUGUACUUUCGGCGUGUACCAAAUGCGGAUGCGAAGAUAUUAAUGAGUUGACAUCAUUCCUUAGAGUCGAAGAGUUCAAUUCAUUUACAUCUUUUAAUAAUGUGGACGACGAUGGCUCAUUUGAUCAAGUCACUGAUAACGACCUUCUCCUUUUGAAUGAAAUGUUACAAGAAGAAGAAAAUGACGACCAGAAUGAACUGUAUUCAAUGAUGUUACUAUUUGAUGACAAUGUGCUCCUACCUUUAUCAAAUGCUUUUCGACGACCAGCAACUGUUCCUGAACCCCUUAACGCGCCACUAGAGACAAAUCAUCGUUCCGAAUCUACUACUGCACAAACCUGGGAUGGCUGGGAUAGCUCCUUGGAAGAACGCUUUCCAAGAAAUAUUGAACCACAUCUUGAACUCGAACGACCAUCAACAAAUGAAGGAAAUGCGUUCAGAAAUGAGCAAGAUUACUGGAUUACCUCAAGCGAUUUGGAUAGUGAACCUUCUCUUUUCAUUGAAGAAAACACUUCUUCGAUUGAACAGGACGACCGCGACACUACACAUGAGUCGAAUGUUAGAAUUGGUUGGACUGAUUCUGAAGGCGACGUAUGGAGUGAACCUCCUACAGCUCUUAUACAUCAACGGCCAGCAUACAGGAACAUCGGUCAAAUUGUGAGAAGGGCACGCUUUUAUAAUACUGUUUACCGCCAUGACCAGCAAUAUACUGAGAUAAGCCAAAAUUUGGGGUAUAAUCUAGGCAUGUCCUCAUGGUUUAGAUCACUGGAGCACCACGAACGCCAUGAACAAAUACCGCAAGAAAUAGCUACUCAAGCUCCUUCACUAAUGCAUUAUGCAACAACUAUCAAACGCCUUCUACCAUCAGACAGAGAUGUGACGGAGCCUUGCAGCAUUUGUCACGAAGAUAUGGGUACGGAAGAAGAUGCGUGCUAUUUGCCAUGCAACCACCUCUAUCAUUUGGCUUGUAUAUCUGAAUGGUGUACUAUCAAUCCAAGAUGUCCUUACUGUCGCCAACAUAUCAGUAACUCUAGCAGAACGUAG